CUGCUUUCAAGAGGAGAGUUCAUUCCUCUGCAGCACAUCAUCCUCAGGCGCCCUCUUCUCCGCCUGCUUGCCUUCGAAUCUUGGUGCAGGUAUAUCCCCUGUCUAACCGCUACUGCGCUUUAUCGCCUCGCAGCCUCCUCUCGCCCCUCUUUCUUCGCCUUCUAUCCACAGAGAAGCGCAACAUGGGUGCCGCCGACUCGAAGCUGGCAUUCAAAAAGGGUGUCUUUCGACUCUUUGAAGAACGGAGCAUUCCUUCUGCCGCAGACGACUAUUGGGAGCAGUUUUGGACCCUGCCCGAGUGUGCAGACGAUGUCUUCCUGCUAGUGGGCUCGCAAGAUAUUCGACGUGUGCGCGACGAGGCGCGUGAGAAUCUGGAGUGUCUUAUUGAAAAGAUCCUCGGCCAUCUAUUUUGGCUUUGCGAAUCUCCCGAGUUCCUGACGCCUCAGGCACAUGCUCUCCAAGUGCUCAAUUGCGUGCGUGUCCUGACGCGUAUAUUCCCCUUUGUCUUUGAAUCAGAUGAUUUUAUGGACUGGGAGGAACGCUACUUCUGGACUUCGCGCACCGUUAAAAGGAAGCACCCCAGCUCUAUUGAACAACUGGCCGCUCCUUCUAAUAGGCCCACAACGGAGUCGGAAGUUAGACUUACUUCACCAUCCAGUGAGUCAGAAUACCACCGCUCACAUCCUCUACCAAAGAUAGAAUUCCUAGAGCUCGAGGAGGAACCGUUACCAUCACAUGGGCAGCGCUUAAUCAAGGUGCUACUGGAUCUGCUAUUUACAUCUGGGUUCACACUUCCUACCGCCCUGGAGACUAAAAGCCGAGUGAGCUAUGUCAUUUGGGAGACUGGUGUGGGUUCAUCAAAGCCGAUCGGUACUUCAAAGGAGCUGGACGACAACAGGACGGAGAUUUUACGGCUACUUCUUGUCCUGUUCUCCAGGUCCAUGUACAUUUCCCCCAUAGCCAUCACAUCUACAGAAAACCGCUGGAUCGAUACUGUCAUGACUGGAUCAGACCGUCAAACUACGUUGGCGAUACUCUGCAGUUUAAUCAAUUCGGCACUCAAGUACAAUCCAUCGGGAUGGGGCCUACCCUACAACCAUGUUAUGUUCAGCGACCAGAGAGAGCUCUUGGUAAUGCUAUCUCUGCAAGUUAUCGUCGUGCUACUCGACUACCAAGUCAUCGAACGGCCACACAAUUCGUCCGGUAUCCCACCAGGAGUCUGUAUUGACGACCAGAAAAGAUCGGACGCAGGGCAGUGGUCAGGAGACCCAACAGAUUCGGCAGGGCCUUUGGAGUUUACAUCUUCAGCGACAUCGUUGCCACCUGCAAACAAGAAUCAAUUUCAAUACUACCUCUCGCGUUUGCACCGGGAUCAGGACUUUAUGUUUUUGACCGAUGGCAUGUAUCGUAUUCUGAGCAACCCAAUGGCAGCCAGCAGUACGUAUUUGCCAGGAUCUACAAAGCAAGUCAAAUGCCAUCAGGAGACUUUGAUGCUCUGUUGGAAGACCCUUGAAUUGAACAAGCGUUUCCGCAACUAUCUUUUGGAAACCAAUAGAGUACUCGAUAUCGUGGUGAUCCUGCUAUAUUUCUCGCUCGAAUACAAGCAAGAAACAUCGCAUAUUGGUCUUGUCAGGAUGUGCGCUUGCAUAUUGCAAACAUUAUCUAAAGACAAAGCGUUGGGCAAGUGCUUGAACAAGCCGUUCGAUGGACACGCCUCCUUGCCCGCCAACGUCAGGAUACCGAACUUCCAUGGGACUUAUGGAGACUAUCUCAUCUGUUCUGUACACCACUUAAUUGCCACAACAAAGCGGACUCUCAGAUCCCUCUACCCUGCAUUGAUCUCGACCCUCUCCAACGUGUCUCCUUAUAUCAAAAACCUUUCGCCCCUUGCCUCAUGCCGGCUUAUACAGCUCACCACAUCCUUUGCUUCUCCGUCAUUCUUGCUCACAGAGGAAUCCAACCAUGAGCUGUUGGGCAUUUUGUUGGAUACUCUCUGCAGUAUUCUUUAUUAUCAAGCACCUGAAAACGCACAUCUAAUUUACGCCUUGGUUCAGUAUGAGCCCAAGAUCCAGACUAUGGCUCAGUUCACUUUGAAGCGUGGGCUGGGUGACAUUCAUAAGCUCCGCUAUCAAAGAGCAGAGUCGUUUAAUUCAUUGCGGUCCGCAAGCGAGAGCAGCGUUCCCAAAGCUGCAGAUGGCCGCCCUCGUCGACCCACGACUUCAAGGCAACAGUCCUACCACGGAGAAUCAUCACAAAAUCACUCGAGGAGACCUCAUCUGCCCAGACGUGGGAGCUCGACAAUACUGGAAAUAUCUCCAAUCGGAACAUCUUCACUCUCUAAACCAGCAGUCUCAUCGUGCUCAACGUCCUCAUCUUCAGUCUCAUUUUCUAGACAAGCGAAAGAUUUUCAAGCAGAGGAGAGGCCUAUGGUACUACCUGUGCUAAUGCGGCCUGACAGCUCUGACUCGAUUUUGAUAACCCCCAGUGAUGGUGGAGGGCAUGAUGGCGAUGUAGAGGACGAAGGAGGCCCCUCAACCGUACCCAAAAGUCUCAAAGAGCGACCGGUCUAUGCAAUGUCAGAAAAGGCCCGGGGAAAAUUGCCAGAAAAAGGUCAUCAGAACCAAUCUUCACUUCUGGCACGGGAAGAGUCAAGCUGUGAACUUGAGCGGGAUGAACUGGAAAAUGGAGAAACGAAACGCUCAGCCCUCCAUUUAAAAUCUGCAGCGUCAAACCGGAAGCCACCUCUCUUAUCUCGAGCCUCUAAUCAUCGCCAGGAACAAUCUACGACAGUCUAUGAUGUUGGCCAAAACGGGUUUGUUCCCACAGAAGAAUGGGUCCAGAGUUGGAUGAAAACACUACGCUUUGAGCCUCUGCUAGUCAUGUUGCGGUGUGCUAUCCCCGAGAUCGAGUCGAUCCAUGCGAUAAAUGACAACCAGGUGCUCGAAUACAUCCGGAUCAACGUUGUCCCCAAGCUCCAGCAAAGUCUGCCCGAAUCUGGUCGCCCGCCGAUCAUCAUUCGCAAGUUUGUGUGGGGUGAACUUGCGACCUGGUUCCAGGGGUUGCUUUGGAGUCAGAUUUAUAUUGGAGGCGGUGGUCGUCUUGGACGUCAGGGCAUGGGAGCAUGGUAUGAGACCGGGGUCAAGCUGUUCUCUAUCAAGACUGUAACUCCAUCUGCCAGUGCGGCUACUAUAGUAUCGGACAACGUGGCUUCUGUCGCUGCGGCUGCAAUUCGCGUGGCUGGAUCAACUUUUACAGCCACUUCCUCACCCACCGCUAGAAUUUUGUCUCGCGACCACGGCUCGUCCUCAGAAGCAUCCUCAGGAACGCCUACGGCGGGUUCUUCAAGGGCUAGGUCUGUGAACCAGGACAGCUCGACGACAAACCUAGGAACAGAGGUCUCCAGACCACCACUAUCAACCUCUACAUCGGCCAGUGCUGUUGCGGCAACUAAUGCUGUAGUCCCGAAUAGUCUGUCAGUAUCACAAGAGUAGAAAGUCAAAUGCACGAUUAAUGACGCUCAGCAUAAAAAAUCACCAAAAAAACGCGA